CCAACCCAACCUCCCUCCUCGUCCUUGCAAUUUUUGCUUCGUCCGAUCAACACUCUCAACUUUUCCCAACAACCCUCGUGCCCCACUCCUCAAUACCAAGAGCCAAGGAUGGCGACAUUAAAAACCCUAUACGGGUCCGAUAGUGCCAGCCGGCCUGAGCUCCAGGAAAAUUUCGGCGUUGACUAUGUCGUGGACUACCACAUCCCACCAAGCGAAGCCGAAAGGGCUGAGGCAGAGGCGACAUUUAUCCAGCUCGUCAAGGCCCUGGCCGGCGUAGGAUUCGCGACAGAGGUCCGUCAUGGAGGCAAAUCCUCGCUGUUAAUCUUCCUCAAGAUCACGUCGGACAAGCUGCUGCAUGCACAAGUCUACCGGCAUCGCUUGCAAGACUGGCUAUACGGUGUCCGCGCCUCCGCGCCCAACAAACAGGAUUUGACAAACCACUUUGAAGAGGAGCCAGUCUCGGAGGCAGAGCGACUGAGACUAGCUUAUAUGCUCAUCUGCAAGCCCAAGAAUGAGGGCGGCGCGGGUAUCACGCCACGCAGUGGCCAGUGGAAACAUGUUGCGUCCAUCUUUCCGCUUCACGAUCACAAGUUCAACAGGGACUGGAUCAAACGAUGGAGCACCAAGUACGUCCUAGAUGACCAAGACCUCAACGAGAUACGUGACAAGUUUGGCGAGGACGUUGCCUUUUACUUUGCUUUUCUGCAGUCCUACUUCAAGUUUCUCGUCUUUCCUGCUGCCUUUGGAUUCGCCGCCUGGCUUGUACUCGGAAAAUUCUCCUGGGUAUAUGCUUUGGUGAACUGUCUGUGGUCCGUGGUGUUCUUCGAGUACUGGAAGAAGAAGGAGGUUGAUCUGGCUGUGCAGUGGGGCGUUAGAGGCGUCUCUAAGAUCCAACAACCGCGGCCUCAGUUCCAGCACGAGAGCGAAGCUCAAGACCCAGUCACGGGCGAAAUCAUCAAAGUCUUUCCCCCGAUGAAAAGGCUGGCCAGACAGCUUCUACAGAUUCCAUUUGCCAUUGCAUGCAUGGGCGUUCUUGGCAGCUUGAUCUUUUCAUGCUUCGCCAUCGAAAUAUUCAUCACGGAAGUUUAUAACGGACCCUUCAAGCAGUACCUGACGUUCCUUCCGACGGUUCUGUUGACAAUUUUCAUGCCGGCAUUGACUGCACUUCUUACCAGCUUAGCAGACAAACUGACAGCUCUAGAGAACUAUGAAACCGAGGCUGCGCAUCACGCAUCUUUUGUCCAAAAGAUGUUUGUCAUCAACUUCAUUACGGCAUAUAUGCCUCUGUUCCUCACUGCUUUUGUUUACAUCCCAUUCGGAAAGGUUCUGGCUCCACAUCUUGAUGUCUUCCAAGUCACUGCUCGCAAACUCACCAGAGAGGGCAAGGGCAUCAAGACCAAGGAGUUUCACGUCAACCCGGAUCGAUUUACUAAACAAAUGUUCUAUUUCACGGUCACUGCGCAAAUCGUCAACUUGCUCCUCGAAGUCUUUGUGCCGUACUUCAAGCGCAAGGUUUUCAAAGCAGUUGAAAAGGUGCAGGAUGGUAUGCAUCAGAGCGGAACCGUUCAUCACCAAGAUCCUUCCGAAGAAGCAGCUUUCUUGGGCAGAGUUCGAGAUGAGGCCAUGUUGGAGGUGUACGAUGUGACCACGGACUAUCGAGAAAUGGUGGUUCAGUUUGGAUAUCUAUCAUUGUUUUCUGUUGCUUUCCCACUGACCGCAUGUUCGUUUCUGGUCAACAACUGGGUAGAGGCCAGAUCAGACGCCAUGAAGAUUGCCAUCGGUUCACAAAGACCGAUUCCAUGGAGGAAUGAUACAAUAGGCCCUUGGUUAACUUCUCUGGGAUUCCUGUCGUGGCUGGGAAGUCUGACGAGCGCAGCAAUAGUUUACCUCUUCAGCAGCAGUAGCGAUCGACAAGGUCCUGAUGGGCGCCCCUCAAACUUGAGUGGCUGGGCACUGCUCCUAAGCAUAUUCGUUGCGGAGCAUGUCUACCUUGUGGUCCAACUGGCAGUCCGAUACGUGGUGGAAAAACUCGACAGCCCCGGUCUCCAGAAGGAACGUGCGGAAAGGUUUGCACUGAGGAAGCGGCUGCUGGAUGACACCUUGGGCCACAAUGAAGCCGAGAAAGCGGCUACAGCGGUACUCAGCGGGAGUGAGAAAAUCACGCGUGACUCUCUUGAGGAGGAGGCCAGGAUUGCAUCCACCAAGGGCCACGGAUCUCCCGAAGAAAGGCAAGUACCGCAUUCACACCUCAAGUUCUUCUGGCUCCGUCAAAGAGGAGCGGGUGAGACGAUUGAAGUUGGGCGUCGCUUGAUCUCAGAGGUCGAGUCGGCCCAUAAUGCGACAAAGACGACACGUAAGUGA